UCCAAAUAUAUACAAGCUAAGAAUAUAAUUCUCUCAUUGCUACCUAUCUAGGUUGCCUUAUUAUUGGUCAUUUCAUUUUCAUAAUGGGGGGCAACUUGGUCAUUGCAUACAUUAUUUUAUCCUUGUAUUCUCUCUUCAUUAUUGUGCAUGGCACUGAUAAUAAGUUAUCAUGCAAUCAAACUCCAUAUCCCAGUCUUUGUAACCAUUACAUUAUUGGCACUACCAAUUAUUCAAUUUCCUCUUCUUAUUAUUCCUUCCAUGACAUGGCCCUUAAGGUCACCAUGGACCAAGCAAUAGUAGCACACAAACUUGUCUCAUCAACCAUGGAAUCCAACCAUUUCAAAGACAAGAGAGCCAAGUCCGCAUGGGAAGAUUGUUUGGAACUCUAUGAGAAUACAAUCUAUCAGCUCAACCGUUCAAUGAGCUCAAACAAUCUAAACGACAGGUUAACAUGGCAAAGUGCUUCUAUUGCCAAUCAACAAACAUGCCAAAACGGUUUUCUUGAUUCUAACCUUUCAUCUCACUACCUAAACUACUUUCCAUCCAUUUCAACCAACUUAUCCAACUUGCUCAGCAACUCUUUGGCCAUUACCAAUACAUUAACGUCCUUCACUUCGUUACCAAAACACCCGGUUGCUCGCGGCGGUCGAAAAUUGCUUUCUUUUAAUGGCUUCCCAGAGUGGCUAUCUCCUUCCGACAGGAGGCUUCUUCAGGAUUUGCCGGGAACGGCGGCACCGAAGGCGGACAUUGUGGUGGCACAGGACGGGAGUGGGAAUUACAAGAGUGUUUCGGAGGGCGUGGCGGCGGCCGGUAGGGUGAAUAAGAAUGGUCGAGUGGUUGUGUACGUGAAAGCUGGCGUUUACCGAGAGAGUGUGAACAUAAAGGGAGGUAUAAAAAAUUUGAUGAUGUUUGGGGAUGGUAUUGGAGCUACCAUUAUUACGGGUAGCAAGAAUUAUGAAGAUGGCUCCACCACUGUUGGUUCAGCUACUUUUAGUAAGUACAUACCUUAUAUUGAUAUGGUGGUGAAGAGUAGCCUGGACGGUUUGAUUGAAGCGGCAGGGUGGAUGCCAUGGGCGGGAAGCUUUGCCUUGAAUACAUUGUAUUAUGGAGAGUAUAUGAAUAUUGGAGCUGGUGCUAACACUGCAGGGAGGGUUAAAUGGCCUGGCUUUCAUGUUAUUACCAACCCUUCUGAGGCUUUGAAAUUUACUGUUGCUAAUUUCUUGGAUGGUGGAUCCUGGAUUCCUGGCACUGGUGUUCCCUUUGAAACUGGCCUUUGAACUUGUCAAUUUAAUUUCAUUAGUUGUGGGUGUGUCUUGGGUGUCUCUCUGUCUAUAGUGUUAGUUUAAAUUUGUGUUCCCUCAAGGACAGGGGAGUGAUUGGGAAAAUGUGUAUAUGAUUAAUUUGUUGUAGGUUCAAAGUCUUCAAUUUAAUUUCACUAAAUUUGUAAUUAUAUACUUAUUGAAAGAAAUUUUAUA